AUGGCAGAAACAUUACGAAAAGCAGUUAUUUUCUGCUCUACUAUUUUUACAUUGAUAGGAAUGGGUCUUUCUAUUGCAGCAAUUUUGACUCCAUCAUGGCAGGUAGUAAAUCUGCAAGAGUAUAACUCAAUUCAUGAACAUGGCCUCUGGUUGGACUGCAUAAGGCAUACUCGCGACGGAGGUGGUGUCCUCCUUCGGAGAUAUGCAACAAUGAAUGAACCUUUGCAUUGUGUUUACAAAUUUGACUACGAUAAGUAUUCUGGCACAUUUGACCUAGAGGAUGAUAAUUCACCUGUUGGUGAAGUAAAUCGGCAUAAAUUUUAUGGAUGGCAUACUUCAACGUUGAUAAUGCUUGCUCUUGCCCUGAUCACUUCAUUCUUCUCAAUUUGUCUUGGUGCUUGUGGGUGUUGUUACGCAUCUCUUUCAUUGUUAUUUACAGCUACAACUUUGUUGACCACAUUUCUUUCAUCCGUUGCCGAAGGUGUCUUUUUCUUCUUUUCCCAUAGAGCAGACAAUCGUUUCAUCAAGGGUAUUGUCGGCACCUAUGAGCAAAGGGUUGGCCUAGCUUUUUUCCUUCAAAUGGCUGCUUGUUUCUUUCAUUUUAUUGCCUUUUUAAUUGCCAUGCUGGCCACAUAUUUUGCUUUUACACAAAAAGGAGUUGUUUUGGAUCGUGAGCGAUAUUCAUUGCAAAAUUCGUCCAAAACUAAUAUCACAAAUAUGGGAAGAUCUAUGGAAUUCGAACAUCCUGUAUUCGUUCAACAAGCACCACCUCCAACCAGGCCAAGAACGGCCGCACCGUACAACUUGAAGCAAACAGACAUGGAUUUUGGGCGCAGUGUAGCAGAUUCAAUGCCUGAACUAAGUCGUGAUAGGAGCUAUCCAUCUGAUAUUGCCAUGGGAGGAAGAAUUAGCCGCAAAUCAGAAACUUGCGUUUGAGACUGCCUUGUAAAUUACAAAAUGCCCUCCGAUCUCUGUAAAUUUACAGCUACAACAUAAUUGACUUUCACUAUCACUUACUUGCCAACUUUUUAACUUGAAAGAUUUU